AAAAAAACCAUGGCUGGCUCAAGUUCAUUAAUGAUUUCUAAAGAUAUUCCAGAUAUCGAAAAUUUACUUAGUAUUAAUCCGAAAUUAAAAUCUUAUACUACUGUUGUACCGUCAACCGAAACCAAGAAAAAUAAACAGCACUGGAAAAGAAAUAUUCACUCCAAAUGUGACACCUGUAUUCCUUUAAAAAACAAUUUCGACGACAUCAAGCACACGACUUUGAGUGAACGCGGAGCUUUGUACGAGGCGUCACGAUGUUUAAAAUGCGCCGAUGCUCCUUGCCAAAAAUCGUGUCCUACGCAAUUGGACAUCAAGUCCUUUAUCACCUCGAUAUCAAAUAAGAAUUAUUAUGGAGCUGCAAAAGCCAUUUUCUCGGACAAUCCUCUUGGGCUAACCUGUGGUAUGGUUUGCCCAACAAGCGACCUAUGCGUGGGAGGAUGUAAUCUAUUCGCCACGGAAGAAGGACCUAUAAAUAUCGGUGGUUUGCAACAGUUUGCUACAGAUAUAUUUAAGCAAAUGAACAUACCGCAAACAAGAAUCCCAAACCAAACAGUACCAUAUUCGGAUACAAAAAUUGCAAUGAUUGGUUGUGGUCCAGCAUCGUUAUCGUGUGCCACAUUUUUGGCCAGAUUAGGGUACGAGGAUAUUACGAUAUUUGAAAAAGAAAAAUUUGUCGGUGGCUUGAGUGCUUCUGAAAUUCCACAAUUUCGCCUUCCCUAUGACGCGGUAUCCUUCGAAGUGGAGCUCGUGAAAGAUUUGGGCGUUAAAAUUGAAUUCGAAAGGGAAUUAUCUGAAAAUGACAUCACUCUUCAGAAAUUGAAAGAUUCCGGAUACGAAGCUAUAUUCCUAGGUUUUGGGUUGCCAGAGCCUAAGACCAUUUCGAUUUUCGAAAAUCUAACUCAGGAAAUGGGUUUCUAUACAUCAAAAAAUUUCUUACCAGCUGUUUCUAAGAGCAGCAAGCCCGGUAUGUGUGCCUGCAAAGCCACUAUAUCGCCAAAUCUUUAUGGUAACGUAGUUGUUCUUGGCGCCGGAGACACUGCAUUCGAUUGUGCAACAUCGGCUUUAAGAUGUGGAGCCAAAAAAGUUUUUGUCAUUUUUCGACGAGGAUUUACGAAUAUUCGCGCUGUUCCUGAGGAGAUGGAGUUGGCAAAGAAUGAAAAGUGUGAAUUUAUACCUUUUGCAUCGCCUAAAAAAGUCAUUGUCAAAGGUUCAAAAAUUAUUGCAAUUGAGUUUCAUAGAACAGAGCAAGAAGAAAAUGGAGAUUGGAAGGAAGACGAGGAUCAAUUAAUUAGAUUAAAAGCUAAUUUUAUAAUAUCGGCAUUUGGCUCUGGUCUUUACGACACUGCCGUUAAGAAAGCCUUGGAGCCAGUAAAACUUAAUAAAUGGGGUACGCCGGAUGUUGAUGCCAAUUCGAUGGCGACUUCUGUUCCGGGUGUCUUUUGUGGUGGCGAUCUUGCUGGAGUUUCGCAAACAACAGUAGAGUCUGUUAACGAUGGGAAAACUGCAUCUUGGUACAUGCAUAAAUACAUACAGGAACAACAUGGACUUACAGUGUCGGCAGAGCCGCAGCUGCCGAAAUUUCAUACACCCAUCGAUGAAGUUGAUCUUAGCGUUGAAAUGUGUGGAAUAAAAUUCGAAAAUCCGUUUGGUUUGGCAUCGGCACCACCGGCAACGUCCUGUGCAAUGAUUCGUAGAGCUUUCGAGAGUGGGUGGGCUUUUGCCGUGACUAAAACUUUUAGUUUAGAUAAGGAUUUAGUCACCAAUAUUUCACCUCGGAUUGUUAAAGGCACGAGCGAUGGCCAUCAUUACGGUCCAGAACAAAGCAGUUUUCUCAACAUUGAACUGAUUUCAGAAAAAACAGCUGCUUACUGGUGUAAGGGUAUAGCAGAAUUGAAAAAUGAUUUUCCAUCAAAGGUGUUGAUUGCUAGUAUAAUGUGCACUUAUAACAACGAGGACUGGGUACAACUAGCACAAAUGGCACAAGCUUCGGGAGCAGAUGCAUUGGAAUUGAAUCUAUCCUGUCCACAUGGCAUGGGUGAAAGGGGAAUGGGCUUGGCUUGUGGACAGGAUCCGGUAUUAGUAAGAAAUAUUACUAGAUGGGUUAGAGAAGCCGUACAAAUUCCUUUCUUCAUCAAAUUAACGCCUAAUAUAACGGACAUUGUUUCUAUUGCAAAAGCCGCUUACGAAGGUCAGGCGGAUGGGGUUUCCGCUAUCAAUACAGUGCAAGGUUUGAUGAGCCUCAAAGCUGAUGGGACACCAUGGCCUGCUGUCGGAACGGCGAAAGCCACAACCUAUGGUGGCGUUUCCGGAAAUAUGACACGACCCGUCGCUCUCAGGGCAAUUUCGAAAGUGGCGAAAGAGCUUCCAAGUUUUCCGAUCAUGGGUAUCGGCGGUAUUGAUUCCGGUGAAGUUGCCUUGCAAUUUCUUCAAUGUGGUGCUACGGUUCUGCAGGUUGGAAGUGCAAUUCAAAAUCAGGAUUUUACGAUCGUGGACGAUUACAUAACGAGCUUAAAAACUUUGCUGUACUUGAAAAGUGUAGAGCACUUGAAUAGUUGGGAUGGUCAGAGUCCACCGACUAUAAAACACCAGAAAGGCAAACCCGUUUCAUUUCAGCAUGCCUUAGGAAAGAACGUACCUUACUUUGGGGAGUAUCAAAAGUUACGUGAAAAAAUCUCUUCGGAAAUUAAGGAAAAAUGUAAUCUGUCGGAGAUUGACUUGAUAAAACCAAUAAGACCGGCAACAAAGCCAAUCAAGUCAAUCCCUACCAUUAAGGAUAUUGUUGGAAAGGCAUUGUUGCACAUUGGUAGCUACAAUCAGCUUGACAAUGUCAAGCAAGUAGUCGCUCUUAUCGACGAUGAUAUGUGCAUAAAUUGUGGAAAAUGUUAUAUGGCAUGUGCCGACUCUGGCUAUCAGGCGAUUACAUUCGACUCGGAGACUCACAUUCCCAAGGUUACGGAUGAUUGCACUGGUUGCACACUCUGUGUUUCAGUUUGCCCGAUCAUAGAUUGCAUAACAAUGGUACCGAAACAAAUUCCGCACAAGAUAAGCCGAGGAAUUCCACCCAAAGGAGUAGCAAUACAAUUGUGAUUACGAGUGCUUUAAUAAUUGACUUUUUUAAACGUAAACUUGUAGAUUCAUUUAAAUUAAAUAAAAAUUUAAUAAAAUA